AGAGGGGCGGGCGCUGGCGUCGGGGCGGCCGGCGGGAGACGCCUGCAGGAGCCGCGCUGCCCCGCCGGGUAUGCCCGCGCCGCAGGGCCGCUCCCGGAGCUCCUGAGCGGGUGGGAGGAUGGAGCGGCGGCGGCGGAGCCGCAGCCCGGCCGUGGGCUGCGUGGUGCUGCUGCUGCUGGGCUGCUGGGGGCCGCGGGAGGCGGCGGCGGCGGCUUGCCAUGGAUGUACAUCUGUAACCAAAUGUGAUUGCAGUGGAGUUAAAGGAGAAAAGGGUGAAAGGGGAUUCCCAGGCUUGGAAGGACAGCCAGGUCUGCCUGGGUUUCCAGGCCCAGAAGGACCUCCUGGUCCAAGAGGUGCAAAGGGUGAUGAUGGACUUCCAGGACCUAUUGGCCCCAAAGGAAUCAGAGGACCACCAGGGCUUCCGGGAUUUCCAGGAACUCCAGGACUUCCUGGUUUACCAGGACAAGAUGGGCCACCAGGACCUCAGGGUAUCCCGGGCUGCAAUGGAACGAAGGGAGAACGUGGAUUCCCAGGCAGUCCAGGUUUUCCAGGUUUACAAGGGCCUCCUGGGCCCCCUGGUCUGCCAGGUAUGAAGGGCGAAGCGGGUGAAAUAAUUACAUCCUUGCUGCCAGGACAGAAGGGUGACCAAGGAUUUCCAGGUCUUCCAGGGAUACCUGGUCCACCUGGUUCCAUAGGAAUACCAGGUCCAGUUGGUCCUCCAGGGCCCCCAGGUUUGACAGGACCUCCUGGUCCACCAGGACUGCCAGGACCUAAGGGUAAUAUGGGCUUGAAUUUCCAAGGACCUAAAGGUGAAAAAGGUGAACAAGGUCUUCAAGGACCUCCAGGGCCACCAGGACAAAUUGGAGAACAGAAGAGACCAAAUGACAUUGAGUUUCAGAAAGGAGAUCAGGGUAUUCCAGGUGAUCCAGGCCCACCAGGACUUCCUGGGCCACAAGGCCCUCCUGGUCUUCCCGGUGGCAUAAAAGGUGAAAAAGGUGAGCAAGGAGAACCAGGCAAAAGAGGAAAGCCGGGCAAAGAUGGAGAACCUGGUCAGCCUGGUAGGGAUGGUUUACCUGGUGGACCUGGAGUCAACGGUGUUCCAGGAAGAGAUGGUGAAAAGGGUGAAAAAGGUGACGUUGGUCCUCCUGGCCCUCCUGGGAGUGUCAUUACAAGACCAGGCAUUGAUGCAACAGUGGGACCAAAAGGUAGCAAAGGAUUGCCAGGGCUCCCGGGAGCCAAAGGGGAGCGUGGAUUCUCUGGUAGGCCAGGCCCACCUGGCUUGCCAGGUUCUCCAGGGAUCACUACUGUUGGACCUCCUGGCCCACCUGGCUUACCUGGUGAGAGAGGACAGAAGGGAGAUCCAGGUUUACCUGGUGUUUCCAUUCCUGGACAACCAGGACUUGAUGGGCCACAGGGACCUCCAGGACCUCCAGGUCCUCCAGGACCACCUGCACCAUCUGUUCCUCCUGGUGAAGGGUUAUGUGAGCGGGGUCCACCAGGUCCUCCAGGAAUUCCAGGACAACAAGGCUUUGCUGGAGAGAGAGGCCAAAAAGGUGAUCAAGGAGACACAUGCUUCAAUUGUAUAGGAACUGGAAUAUCUGGGCCUCCUGGUGAGAGAGGACCACCGGGACCUCCAGGUAGUCCAGGUUCUCCUGGUUUUCCUGGGCCAAAAGGUGAAAAGGGGCUUCCAGGAUUAACAGGCCUUGUAGGGCCACCAGGAUUCCCAGGGCCACCAGGUGCUCCUGGGAGACCUGGUCCUAAAGGAGACCCCGGGGAUGUCUUGGCUUCACCAAGAAUGAAAGGUGACAAAGGAGACCCUGGCUUCCCUGGACCUCCAGGUCUUCCUGGAAUAGAUGGCACUCCUGGACGAGAUGGACUGCCAGGUCUGCCUGGCCCUAAAGGGGAACCUGGCAGUGUUGCAUUCAAAGGAGAAAUGGGAAUUCCAGGUGACCCAGGAGCACCAGGUCUUCCUGGAGACAAAGGACUUCCUGGACCUCCUGGUUUUGGUCCACAAGGUUCACCUGGUGAAAAGGGCAUCCAAGGUGUAUCAGGUCGUCCAGGGCCUCCUGGAGUUCCUGGUCCAAAAGGUGACCCUGGUCAGACUAUUACAGAACCAGGAGUUCCUGGUCCUCCUGGUCCUCCAGGAAGAAAUGGUGACCCAGGUCUUCCAGGGGAUCCUGGUCAGCCAGGUCAGCGUGGCUUAUCAGGCAUCCCAGGUGCAAAGGGAGAGCCAGGUAUUCCUGGCAUUGGACUUCCAGGUCCACCAGGCCCAAAAGGUUUCCCAGGGACUCCAGGCCCACCCGGAGCUCCAGGAACUCCAGGUCGCCCUGGCCUAGAUGGACCUCCUGGACCACCUGGUUUCCCAGGCCAGAAGGGGGAUCGUGGAUUUGGAGUUCCAGGACCACCUGGACCCCCAGGACCACCAGGCAUAAAAGGAGUUCAAGGACCUAAAGGUGAUCCUGGCUUCCCAGGAAACCCUGGUCUUCCAGGACGGGCGGGUUUUGAUGGAACUCCAGGACCCAAAGGUGACCCUGGACCAAGCGGACCACCAGGACUUCCAGGCCCACCAGGCAUCCCCGGCAUUGGAGGCCAAGGGCCACCUGGACCUCCAGGACCACCAGGUCCUGUUGGCCCACCAGGGUUGCAGGGCGUACCAGGGGAGAAAGGGGAUCCAGGUCCUCCAGGCUUCGAUGUUCCUGGUCCUCCAGGUGACCAAGGAACCCCAGGAUAUCCAGGACCCCCUGGCCUCCCAGGCCCUCAGGGUUCACCCGGACCACCUGGCCGGGAUGGAAUACCUGGAUUUCCAGGUGCCAAAGGUGAGAUGGGCGUCAUGGGAGCCCCUGGGCCUCCAGGGCCUCCUGGGACUCCUGGAAGAAGUGGCCUUCCUGGCUUGAAAGGUAAUAAUGGAUUGCCUGGCCCACCAGGGCCUCCUGGACCAUUAGGACAGAAAGGUGUUAAAGGUGAAGCAGGCCUGCCAGGUCCACCUGGAACAGUUGAUCCAAAACAGCUAGGAGCAAAAGGAGAAAAAGGCGAGCCGGGUGUUCCAGGUAUUCCUGGUUUAUCGGGGCAGAAAGGUUAUCAAGGUCUCCCAGGUGACCCAGGUCCACCAGGACUUAGUGGUCCACCAGGCGCACCAGGGUUGCCAGGCGUCAAGGGAGACAUGGGGCUUCCUGGGCAGCCAGGACCAACAGGACCUCCGGGGCUAAAAGGUGCCAUGGGAGAGAUGGGCCUUCCAGGUCCCCCGGGAAGUAAAGGCAGUCAAGGAAUAGCAGGACGUCCGGGGCAGCCUGGGCCUGCUGGAUUUCCCGGACUGAAAGGGGAGAAAGGUGAUCCUGGUCUUUCAAGCAUUGGUAUUCCUGGUCUGCCUGGACCAAAGGGCGAUCUUGGUUUGCCUGGAUAUCCAGGUAGUCCAGGCAGUAAAGGUAUAGCUGGAAAUCCUGGUUUGCCUGGAUUGCCAGGCAGUCCAGGUGCAAAAGGAGAGCCGGGCCUUCCUGGAUUCCCAGGAACACCAGGAAUUCCAGGACCAAAAGGUAUCGAAGGGCCUCCGGGUAAUCCUGGUCUGCCUGGACCACCUGGGCCAGUAGGUGAUACCGGUCGUCCUGGCCCUCCUGGUCCUCCCGGGGAGAAGGGACAGCCUGGUCGAGAUGGUAUCCCUGGACCAGCUGGUCAGAAGGGCGAACCAGGUCUGCCGGGUUUUGGGCGCCCAGGACCUCCGGGACUGCCAGGAUUAUCAGGGCAAAAAGGUGAAUUGGGGUUACCUGGCCCACCAGGACCCCCUGGACUUCCAGGUCUGAAGGGAGAACCAGGUUUCCAGGGAUUCCCUGGCCUACAGGGCCCACCAGGUCCACCAGGAUUACCAGGGCCCCCUCUGGAAGGUCCUAAAGGUAGCCCUGGCCCACCAGGUGUUCCAGGAAGACCAGGUCCCUCAGGUCCUCCAGGUUCACCGGGCCCAGAAGGUCCACGAGGGCCACCAGGCAGUGGGGGACUCAAAGGGGAAAAAGGGAACCCAGGACAGCCUGGCCCACCUGGCCUGACUGGUCAAAAGGGAGACCAAGGACCACCUGGACGCCAGGGAGAUCCUGGUCGUCCUGGUCUCAAUGGAAUGAAGGGUGACCCCGGGGUUCCAGGCGUUCCAGGAUUCCCAGGUAUGAAGGGUCCCACUGGCCCUGCAGGACCUGCUGGCCUCACGGGCAGUCAAGGACUGCCAGGCCCACCAGGUCCACCAGGUUUACCAGGUACCAUUGGACGAAGCAUUGUUGUCAAAGGUGACCCCGGUCCUCCAGGACCUCCAGGAUUGCCUGGGUCAAAAGGGCCACCUGGACUGGCAGGGCCACAGGGAUUGCCAGGUCCAGUUGGUGUUCCUGGUGAUCCAGGGAGAGAUGGACUCCCUGGUUUUGACGGCCCAGCAGGACGUAAAGGAGAGAGAGGUCUUCCAGGCCAACCAGGUUCACGAGGAAUACAGGGACCUCCUGGUCCUGAUGGCUUACAAGGCCCACCUGGGCCUCCUGGCACAGCUUCUGUUGCUCAUGGAUUCCUUAUAACUCGUCACAGCCAGACUAGGGAUACACCACUAUGUCCACAAGGAACUUCAAGAAUAUAUGAUGGAUUCUCUCUUUUGUAUGUGCAAGGAAAUGAGAGAGCGCAUGGCCAGGACUUGGGUACUGCUGGGAGCUGUCUUAGACGUUUUAGCACCAUGCCUUUCAUGUUCUGCAACAUCAACAACGUUUGUAAUUUUGCAUCAAGGAACGACUAUUCCUACUGGCUAUCAACUCCAGAGCCAAUGCCGAUGAGCAUGGAGCCACUGACUGGGCAGAACAUUCAGCCAUUCAUUAGCCGAUGUGUUGUGUGUGAAGCUCCUGCUAUGGUGAUAGCUGUCCACAGUCAGACCAUUCAGAUUCCUUCGUGUCCUCCAGGCUGGGACUCCCUUUGGAUCGGUUACUCUUUCAUGAUGCACACUAGUGCUGGAGCAGAGGGCUCCGGACAGGCCUUGGCAUCACCUGGAUCCUGUUUAGAAGAAUUCCGCUCAGCUCCAUUUAUUGAGUGUCAUGGUCGAGGCACUUGUAACUACUAUGCCAAUUCAUAUAGUUUCUGGCUGGCAACUGUAGAGGUGUCAGAAAUGUUCAGUAAACCUCAGUCAGAGACACUGAAAGCUGGAGACUUGAGGACGCGUAUUAGUCGCUGUCAAGUUUGCAUGAAGAAGACGUAACGUCUUGAAGGAUGUUUUAAAACAGUUGAAAAUUCCUGAGAUGCACUGUCCUCCAGCUGUAACAAUGGUGCUACUGUGCAGAAAGAAAACAAAAAACAAAUCCAAACUGUUUUAACCAUGCAAAUUCAAGUGUACCUCACUCGUGCCAAGCUAAGGGUUGUUUGGUGCGUAUUUGACAACAGGACUAAGAUGAGAUGGAAGAAUUGACCUCCUGGAAACGGUAAAGACACUUGUGGUUCACAAAGGAUCAGAAGAUGAAAGUUUCAUUUCUCUCCCUGUACCAAAAUGGCACCUUUUUGAUCAGUCAAGAGAAUAAAGAAAAACACGACGCACUGAGUAUGUUUCAAGUAACAAGACUGCAGUUUUGAAAAACAUUUUUCAUGGUGCUACUAACCCUACUGUAUCCCAGGUUUUUAAUAUGAAAUUUUAAGCUUAUUUCUCUGUAAGUAAUGAAAUGUGUAUAUUGUGUAAACACCUUUUUAGCUGAAACUUUCAGUCAUUUAGAAACAAAACCAGACUCAGAUAUAAAAAUGCUUAUGUCUAAAAUUGAAACACACAGCAGUAUUUUAUUACAAAAUUUGUGGUACAGAGAGAAUUUACAACUCUUACACCAAUUUAUUCAUUCGGUAUUUCAUUUCCUUAGUUGCCAACCUGUCACGUUUGGGGAAAUGCACAAUUAUUCUGAAGUCAUUUUGAUCAGGGUUUUAAAUGUUGAUACCGUAUACCAUGCUACCAGUGGCUUUAUUUGUGUUUAGAGAUCCCAAUCCACCUGAAAAGUUUGUUGGUUUAUUUUUUUUUUUAAUCCUGUGAAGAUAUGUGAAAUGAUCAGCCAUAUGCCUAUAUCCUUCUAUUCUGAAUAAAAGUCACAUUCACAUAGUAGCAGUAUUUGGUAUAGUUCAACAAAAGCUGCUCCUUGGGAAUAUCCAAUUAUCAGAGCAUUUAAGAUUAUGCUUACGUGAAACCUCUCUUUACUCUGAAGUGAAGUCAUGCAUAUUAUCCAAAAUAGUGUACAUGCUAAGAAACGCUAAAAUAAAGUGUAAACUGGUGGAAACCGAUCUUAUCCUAUUUACGAUUUAAUCCUUUUGAUCUUAUGUGAAUUUAUAAGCAUCCACAAUGUAUUUACAAUAUAUAGCAACUCCUGCGUAUGUACAGUUCACAUAAGGCCUUUAAAGAUGGUGCAUGCAGUUCCUUGUUUCUGAUGUCAUUUUGUAAGAAUCCUACUGUGUAUGUCUUAGUGUGUCACUAUUUGUGCAAUAGCUGAAAAGUGAUCACUUUUUGUAUGCAUAACUGUCCAUGAUUGUUUUUUCUUUUAUGGUCAGUGCUGCUUCAUUUACACUAAUGUAUAAACAGAGCUCCCUGGCCAAAGCAAGACUGUUUUUCAAAGUGAUGAUGCUUUACUUUAACAUUUUCACUGUAUAUUGUCACCUCCACUAUCUAUCAAUACAACAUAAUUUGUGAAUUAACAUAGAGCUUUAUACAGGUGAAGUGUAUUUGUUUAUUUUGACUACUGUUAAUAAUUUAUCUGCUAAUGGCUGUUCACCCUUUCCUUUCAGUUGUCCUUGUAACCAUGGAACAUCAGAAAUCUCAUUUUAUGCAUAUUUGACAAAGACAUAGGACUGGUGAUUAACGCAGGUGGCAGUGGUUUAUUCAAUGAGAUUGGUGCUGAUUUCAAAAGUUUUCAGGUAUGAAACAGGUUAUUUAGUUUAAAAUGAAAAAUACAAAUAGCUUUAUCCUUUUUCCAUUACUGCAAUUGUAUGUUGGUAGAGAGUGGCCUAUUCAGCGAUGUGCAUCCUUCAACCCAUUUUAUUUUGAUGUGCUGAUGCAUAUAAACAGAACCUGUUGCUACCUCCAAGUCAAUAACUUGUUACCAAGCUCAAAUAAAAAGUUACAUCUCUUUUACUGUAAGCCCAUAUCUUGCUCCUCCCUCAGCAGCCUAAAAUGAACACAGGAGCAUAUUCCUAGCCACAGAGAGCAGAACAGAGGCUGAAGUCCAGGAGCACCCGGGGUAGAGCUCGUCCAGCCCUCGCUUGGGUCUUUACCAGCUCUGCUCAUCUUGCCUCCUUACCACCAAGAAACUGUGUUCAUAUAUGGGGAUCUAGGAAAGGGCAGAACGUGUUUGCUCUUAGUACUGCAUCAGUAGUGCUUCUCUCUAAGACUGGGCCUCUUUUACAGCAUGCACAGCAAAAGUGACAAGACAGAAGUUAUAAUUCCAGUCUAACAUAGAUAGCAUGCAGAGCAGCUUGUUUUGUGGCAGCAAAGUAGUUUCCAAGCCUGUGGAAUGACCACAGAAAAGCAGAUACGCUUCGGACAGGUAUGUUCUCAUGAACUUUAAUCAACUCAGAAGUUUUUCUUUGUUUUGGCUUUUUUUUCUUGGUUAAAAGUAGGAUAGAGAGGAAGGAGCAUCUUUUAACUGAGACACACAGUAGAGACUAAAAAGAUACUGCACCUUAGAGCAGGCAAACCACUUGACCUGUAUUAGAUCUGAGUUUCUCUUCUAUAAAAGUGAGCACGGUUAUUAUUUUCUCCCACUUCUUGACUGCUUAGACUGUAAGCUCUUUGGGGCAGAGACAUGUCUAUGUGCAACACUGGGGGGGCGUCAAAUGUUGAUUUGGGGCCUCUAGGUGCUAUCCAUCAGUAUAUGAUAUUAAACUACAGGUAAAACCUUGUUUGCAAA